AUGCCCCCUACCACGCAACAAGCCUGGGCCUGCGUCUCGCACGGCCAACCCCUACAAAAAGUCGACCUCCCCGUCCCCGAGCCCCACGGCACCGAGAUCCUCAUCCGCGUCACCCACGCCGGCGUCUGCCACAGCGACCUGCACGCCUGGGAAGGCUUCUACCACCUCGGCGGCGGCAAGAAAUUUUGGCUCAAGGACCGCGGCGUCUCGUUGCCGCGGGCGCUGGGCCACGAGAUCUUGGGGACGGUCGAGAAAUAUGGGCCGGACGUUGAUCCGUCGGAUGUGCCGCCCCUGGGCGCCAGUCGCGUCGUGUAUCCCUGGGUGGGCUGCCAGAGUUGUCGGCGCUGUGAGGACGGCGACGAUAAUCUGUGCUUGAAGCAGCAGACGAGGGGGGUGUUCACGGAUGGCGGGUUCGCCCAGUAUAUCACGGUGCCGCAUGCGAAGUACCUGGUGGACUAUGGGAAUGUGGAUCCCGCGGUGGCGUGCACGUUUGGCUGCUCGGGCCUGACGGUGCUGUCGUGCAUUCAGAAGGUGAUGCCGCUGAAGCCACAGGAUCCCGUACUGCUGGUUGGCGCGGGAGGGUUGGGGUUGGCGGCCAUUGCGAUGCUGAAGGCCGUGGGGCAUGAGAAGAUAAUCAGUUGUGAUAUCACGCCCGAGAAGCGGCAGGCGGCGCUGGAUGCCGGGGCAACGGCGGUUUUUGAUAGCACGGCGGCGGAGGCGGCCAAGGUUGCAGUCGAAACGGCGGGCGAGCCGUACUUUGCGGCGCUGGACUUUGUCAACACGACCAAGACGGCUGAGUUGGCUAUGGGGUCGCUAGCAAAGGGUGGGAAGAUGGUCGCGGUGGGCAUUCUGGGGGGCGAGAUCACGGUCAGUCUGGUGUCGAUGAUCUUCACGGCACGCACCAUCAUGGGCAACAUCACGGGAACUCCGCAGCAUUUGAGGGAUGUCACGAAGCUGGCGACAGAUGGGAAGUUGGCGCCAAUACCAGUGACGAGGGUCCCGUGGGAUGAGGCCCAUGAGGCACUGAUGAGACUGAAGCGGGGGGAGGUGACUGGAAGACUGAUCCUUAUCCAUUGA